GGCCCCGAGCAGAGCAGCCACGUCUGCUUCUGGGAGGACUGUCCGCGCGAGGGCAAGCCCUUCAAGGCCAAAUACAAGCUCAUCAACCACAUCCGCGUGCACACGGGCGAGAAGCCCUUCCCCUGCCCCUUCCCGGGCUGCGGCAAGGUGUUCGCGCGCUCCGAGAACCUCAAGAUCCACAAGCGCACUCAUACAGGGGAAAAGCCUUUCAAAUGUGAAUUUGAUGGCUGUGACAGGAAGUUUGCCAACAGCAGCGAUAGAAAGAAACACUCCCAUGUCCACACCAGCGACAAGCCCUACUACUGCAAGAUUCGAGGCUGUGACAAAUCUUACACUCACCCGAGCUCCCUGAGGAAGCACAUGAAGAUUCAUUGCAAGUCUCCACCACCUUCUCCAGGAGCCAUUGGCUACUCAUCAGUGGGGACUCCCCUGGGUGCCCCCUUGUCCCCUGUGCUGGACCCAACAAGGAGUCGCUCUACCACUCUCUCCCCUCAGGUGACCAACCUCAAUGAGUGGUACGUGUGCCAGGCCAGUGGGGCCCCCAGCCACCUCCACACACCUUCCAGCAACGGAACCACUUCUGAGUCUGAAGAUGAGGAGGUGUAUGGGAACUCUGAAGUUGUGCGGACGAUACAUUAGAAUUUAUUAAAAAUAAUAGCAAAUAAAAUAGUAAAUGGGAGUCCUUGGACCAUAUCCUAACCUGAGACAAUGCUGAGCCUGGGAAAAUCUGUGACUCAGACUUGCCACCGGGUCUAAUUAGCCCUAUUUAUUUGGUAUGAAACCCUAUGGUGUUUGUACAUUUAAUUAAUUUAAUUAAGAUAUUUGGGCUUUUUUCCCCCCCUAGAAAACAAACAAAAAAACCAAGCUGGACUUUACACAUUGCAGGGGGACAGGGCUGGGAGCAAAUUGUACCAAGAAAAAUGAAUGGAGAGUAGUUGAUCAAGAUACACACUGCUAAUAAAUGGAGAGAAAGAACAAUAAGUCAGAACUCAACAGAGCAACAAGGCCCUCUGCAUUUCCUAGAGUGCCUUGCAAAUGCCUUUGAUACCAUAACAUGGGCUUCUUUGGAGCCUCUUAGGCUCCUCCUUGGGCCCUAAUUCUGCAAAGUCCUCUUGAUUGUAAACCACACACUUGCUGCAUUGCCAACAGAUCUUGGGACUCUUAGACUGUACCUGUGUCCAAAAAUAUUUGUAAAAACCUUUUAAGUUCUAUUACUUGUCAUUUUCCAUUUUCACUUUUUAUUACGGAUCCCACCUAAACACUGUAUUUUUACACAGGAUAUUCACUACCCUGCUUGUAUGAUUAAAAAAAAAAAUGCAGCAACCUUACUACAUUUCCAUAUAUUGUGCUACUGUGAUUGUUCAAGCAAAAGUGGAGAUAAGAGAAAAAGCUGCUGCAAAAGACAACUGUGAAACUGCUAUUUUAUAAAAUAGAAGAAAUUCAAGUGCUUUCUUUUUCCUGAUUUUUUUAAAACUCUGAAAUCUCCGAUGCUGCCUCUUUACUAUGUUCAAACUUCUUGUGUAAUAAGGAAAUUAUGUUUUAGAUUCUAAGUUCUUUGGGAUGCCAGAAUUAACAGGCAAGGCUAGGGAGGUGUGAAGUUGGCGGCAUGCCUAUUUUUUUGAAAGCUGUUGUUUUUAAAAUAGGCCAACUCCUCUUUUAUACUCUUGUAUUAACCUUUUAAAAAGCCUUUAUUUUUCGAUGCCCGAAAGUGCAUUUUAAUGCAUUUUCUUCCACCUGAGCACUGAGCACACGGAACUCUGUCCCAUUUGAAAAUGACAGUGUGUGAAGUGUAUGAUUUACAUUAAAAGAGGGGAGGGAGUUGCUAUACAUAUUAAAAUUUUUAAAAGGUUUAUAGUUACCACCAAACACUGAUGAAUGUGUGACCUUUGCCAGAGCUGUCAAGCUAGGAUAAAAAAGGUCAAGGACCUAGGACAAUAACUCUUAGUCAAUUUAUUUUCGGUUGGGACAACACAUCUUGUGUGCAAAAUGUAGUCCAUCAUAAACAUCAUACAAAUACACUAAAGAGCACUAAUUUAUCCUCGGAGACCCUGAAGACACCCCUCCCCAGGGUUUGUAGAAACUUGUUUCGUGUACUGUGAGUGGUUGUAGUGUUAUUGUUAAUAACCUGUAUGGGAACACUAUUUGUACAGCUGAAUUAAUUUAUUUUCAGACAUCCUUUUUUCUUUCCUGGAAGAGUUCAAAGCACACCAAAGAAUUAUAUUAUACAUUUUGGUGAAAGAUUGUUGUUUAUGAUCCAUGGUUUAUUUAAAAAAAGAAAAAGGAGAGAAAAUGGAAACAUAUAUUUUUAAACUUACUUGAAUGAACAACGUAAUGUGAAACCAGGACUCUUCCUGCAUGUCUUUUUUGCAUUGUGUUGAGAUUAUAUAUAGUUUAUAGAUAUAUUAUAUUACUAGUACAGUGCAUGGUGCUGUCACUUUGAAAGCCUUUCAAUGUUGUCUUCAAAUUGUUAUGGUGAAUAUUAAACAUGCAGACCCUCCUUUAUAAAGAAAAAGAUCAUAAAACUUGAUAUAAAAUGAGUCUACAUUUUAAAGUUUAUUUGAUUUUCCUAUUUCAAAUCUCUUUCAAAUAGACAAAAACGGUAUGAACUUCGGGGGGAUAAUUUAUGUAUUGUAAACUUAUUAGAACAAAAUAUUUCUGAUUUGUAAUGAGUUGUUUUAUUUAUACAACUUUUUCAAUGGUAGUUUGCACUAUUCUUUAUUAUGCUACAGGUUUAUUUAUUAUGAAACAAAAGAAUAUGUAUUUUAUGUAUUUUGCCAUGCAUAGGUUAACCCUGCCACAGAUUUAUUGGUUCCUGAUACACCUAAAAUGAAAAACUUAAAAUGUGUACCUUCAAUAGAAAGCAAGGAUGAUUAUGGAGUAAAAAUUUAAUAAAGGUAUUCUUCCUAUGUA